GAAAAACUAGGUUAGUAGUGCGGCAGUCAUGACAGAGGGGAGAAAGUAGGUCACAGACUGAGUACCGUAUAUCACAGUUUUUGUAACAGAGGGUUCUAUCAUUGAAUGGAGAUGGCAUAGCUAAUUUAUCUAAUAGCAAUUGCAAAUGGAUGGAAGGAAAUUCCAGAAGCUGUAAUGAACAUUUGUGAUUAUCUAAUGGCAGACCAAAGAAUGGACAUUACCUCUACAAUGAAUGAGUUCAUGUCCCCCAGCUCCAGCGACCUGAUCAGCAGCUCCGUCAACACCCCAGGCAUGGACUACACCCGCAAGAGAAAGGGCAGCACCUCCGACUACCAAAUUGAUGGAUUUUCUUUCGAGGAGUGUGGUGAUCACCAGGGCCGGAUAAAAAAUGCCAGGGAGGCACACAGUCAGAUUGAGAAGCGGCGCAGGGACAAGAUGAACAGCUUCAUAGACGACCUGGCGGCACUAGUCCCUACCUGCAACGCUAUGUCCCGCAAGCUGGACAAACUCACGGUCCUACGCAUGGCUGUCCAGCAUAUGAAGACAUUAAGAGGAGCAGCAAACCCUUACACAGAGGCGAACUACAAGCCGUCUUUCCUGUCCGAUGAUGAACUGAAGCACUUAAUAUUGAGGGCUGCUGACGGCUUUCUGUUUGUUGUUGGAUGUGAUCGUGGGAAGAUCCUUUUUGUCUCGGAGUCAGUUUACAAGAUCCUCAACUAUUGCCAGAAUGACCUAAUUGGCCAGAGUCUGUUUGAUUACCUGCAUCCUAAAGACAUCGCCAAAGUCAAGGAGCAACUGUCGUCAUCGGAUACAGCACCCCGGGAGCGACUCAUCGAUGCCAAAACCGGUCUACCAGUUAAGACAGACAUCACCCCUGGGCUAUCUCGACUGUGCUCCGGGGCCAGACGCUCGUUCUUCUGCCGAAUGAAGUGUAACCGGCCCUAUAUCAAAACAGAGGACAAGGACUUCCCCUCCACCUGCUCCAAAAAGAAAGCCGACCGCAAGAGCUUCUGCACGAUCCACAGUACUGGCUACCUGAAGAGCUGGCCGCCCAGCAAGAUGGGCCUGGACAAUGACAACGAACCCGACAAUGAGGGCUGUAACCUCAGCUGCCUGGUGGCCAUCGGCCGGCUGCAUCCCCACAUCGUCCCCCAGCCCUCCCACGAGGACAUCCGCGUCAAACCCACCGACUACGUCUCCCGCCACUCCAUCGAUGGGAAGUUUGUCUUUGUUGACCAGAGGGCCACAGCCAUUCUUGCAUACUUACCCCAGGAGCUUCUUGGCACCUCUUUCUACGAGUAUUUCCAUCAGGAUGAUAUUGGCCACCUGGCAGAAUGUCACAGACAAGUGCUUCAGAUGAGAGAAAAGAUCAACACAAACUGUUAUAAGUUCAAGAUUAAAGAUGGCUCCUUCAUCACUCUGCGAAGCCGCUGGUUCAGUUUCAUGAAUCCCUGGACCAAAGAGGUGGAGUACAUCGUCUCCACAAACACAGUGGUCUCGUGCAGUAUGCUGGAUGGUGCAGACUCCAGCUAUCCUCAGUCUGCCGUCUCUCCCACUCUCGCCUCUAUGGACAGUGUGCUGACAUCAGAAGGUGGAGGGAGACGGGCCCUUCAGACGGUGCCAGGCAUCCCCGGGGGAACACGUGCAGGUGCCGGUAAGAUCGGUCGCAUGAUCGCAGAGGAGGUGAUGGAGACUCAGAGGACCCGAGGCUCGACCCCCUCCAGCUGUGGCUCCAGCCCCCUGAACAUCAGCACCCCUCCUCCAGACUGCUCUCCAGGGGGCAAGAGAAUUCAAAAUGGAACGCCAGACCUUCCGUCGGCAGGGACGCUACGAGGAGGACCCGACACCAUUGGAUACCCAUACUCCAACCAGUCUAUUAUGAGUGACAACUCGCACCUCAGCAUUGACAUCAUGGAUGAACCAGGCUCUAGCAGCCCCAGUAACGACGAGGCAGCCAUGGCUGUGAUCAUGAGUCUCCUGGAGGCUGACGCAGGCCUCGGUGGCCCUGUAGACUUCAGUGACUUACCCUGGCCCUUGUGAGGACAGCCCUAGCAGGGCUGUUGGCCUAAGGCCCACAGAACCCUGAAUUGACCAUGCAGUCAUAUCAACAGGACCCAUGCAAGCCAACUACAGCUACUGUAGGACUCAUUGGAGCAGGACCCCUCAAAGUGUACCUGUCUGCAUACAGGCCCUCCCUUGCCUGCUGAUGGGCACUCUUCCAUUGACGUUUUCAAUGUAUAUUUUCCUGCAUUAUCCUACCAGGGAUUUCUAUAUUGAAAACAUGUCUUUAGAUGCUUUUACACUACAGUACAUAAUGAGUGUAUGGUAUCAGCAGUAAAAUAAAGUAUUUGAGCUUAA